AUUUUCUCCCUCGAACUUUCUAAAUAUAUUGAGAUCUGAUCUAUGUUGAUUCUUUGCAGCCACCUAGAAACACCCUUUUUCUUGUUCCAUUUGCAUAUAUGCCAAACGUAGCAGCAAAAGUUGUCCCAUCUUAUUCAAUCCAAGUUAUCAAAUGCUAGCUUGAGAGGAAUUAAUGAUGGUAAAUCAAGGAUGAUAUUAUUCUGAAAACCUAGUAGUGCUCAUGAUGGUGAUGACUGAGGAGUGACAAGGUUUAAUUUGAAGUUCUGAUGUAAAUCAACACUUGAAUCUGGAGUUCAUCACCUUUUGUCUUACUUUUCUUUUAUAUGAAUUACUAACGUUAGUUUAUUUCCUUGAAAAGAAAUUGCUAUAAUCAGAUUCUACCAAUGUUUGGCUCUGAUGAGGAACUUCAUCCUAAUACAGAGUUCAUCACUAUAGUCUCAGAGCAUUACAAACAAGUGAUUGCAACUGACGUAAGUGAAGAACAGUUAAAGCAUGCUAUACAACAUCCCCAAGUUCAAUACUUUCACUCUCCAUCAACAAUGUCUGAUGAUGAACUAGUGAACUUAAUCGGGGGUGAAAAUUCAGUUGAUUUAGUUGUUGCGGCUACAGCUGUUCAUUGGUUUGAUCUAGAAAAAUUCUACGCUGUCGUCAAUCGUGUGUUAAAGAAGCCUGGAGGUGUGGUUGCUGUUUGGAGUUACAACAUCAUCCAAGUUAGCCCAGAAAUGGAUCCUCUAUUAAGGAAAUUCUACGAGGGAACUUUUCCUUUUCAAAACCCAAAAGUCAUGUACGCAUUUGAGUGUUACAAGACACUUCCAUUUCCUUUUGAAAGUGUAGGCGUAGGUUGUGAGGGGCAGCCUCUGGAAUUGGACUUGCCAAUGGAGAUGUCGUUUGAGAGACUUUUGAAGUUGUUGAGUUCAGCUUCUGCUGUGAAUACAGCAAAGGAACAAGGUGUGAAUUUAUUGUCUGAUGAGGUUGUGAGGGAGCUUGAGAGUGCUUGGGGUGGACCUGAAUUGGUUAGAAAUGUCAACUACAGAACAUAUAUGCUUGCAGGAAAAGUCAAGCUCUAAGCUCUAAGUUUUGAGUUCCAUUGUACUAAAAUUAUCUCCUCGUUGAACAUUGAUAACUUAAUAGUUUUUGUACUAGUAUUUUACCCCUUCCACUGUGGAGUGUAUAAUAAAUGUCAGUUGAGUUACUCGCUCUUUACACCA